UUACGUCAGCGAUCCGCUUAUCAAAAUUUGAUUUUUUGAAUUUGAAAAUUAGAUUAUUGUAAUUAGAUAUUUAUGGAUAAUUAGAAAAUUAAUUCACUUGAAAUUUAUUCAAGACCCAGUUCAAAAGGAGAAGAUAGAGAUUUUCUCAAUCACACCUCACACAAUGAAUAUUUCAGCGUUUUCAGAAGAAGAUUUUGUUCCAAAGAAGUGGAUUAAUAAUAUAUUCAGCACUUCGGAUCCAUCAAAACCGUCUGAAAUUUCUGCGGAGUCUCUGGUUACAAAAUUACAACUCUAUAUUCAAGAAGUAAACUCAGUGAUUGAAGAUGAUUGUCAAAAAAUGGUCAGCAACAUGCCGAAAGUAAUCAACGAGACGGAAAUUCUAAAUCAAAAAGUUUUAGCUCUAAAAGACGAACUUGGUUCGAUUAAAAAUGAAAUGGAAAAUGUCGAGAAAAACACAGACAAAUCAGUCAGCACGUUGGAAAAACUCGAUCGCGUGAAAAACACAUUGGAAAACGUGAAACAGGCUUUACAUGAGGCCGAUAAUUGGUCAAUUUUAGCUUCCGAUAUCGAAGAGUCGUUUGAUCGUGGAAAUCUAGAAGAAAUAACCUCCAAGCUUUACAGUAUGCAGCAGUCUCUGAACGUCUUAUCGAAUGCUGACGACUACGAGAAUAAAAAAAUGCAACUGGAAGGUUUGAAAAAUAGAUUGGAAGCCAGCGCUAGCCCUCAUGUCGUAAAAGCUUUCACUACUGCUAAUUUGGAUGAAGCGGUGAAGUUUGUAAAUAUAUUUAAUAAGAUCGAAAGAUUACCUCAUUUGACAAAGUAUUACAUUAAAUGCCAAAAAGGAUCGCUGUGCCAAUUUUGGAAAUCGUUGAUUGACUCUGAUCAAGAUCUGAAUCUCGUUGAACAAUUACGUUCUCUUUACGAUAUGCUAUUGGUUAAUUGGCAAAAACAGAUGAAAUGGUGCAGUGAAGUAUUCGUGAAUGUUAAUUUGAUCGACAUGAUGAUCGAACUUUACUCAGACGUUUUAAUGAAUUUGGAUCCGAGUUUAUCUUCUUGUAUGGAUAUCGCUUUGAAACAGCAUCCUCAACCGUUAUUACUUUUAUUGGAAUUUUAUCAAAUAUCCAGUCAGUUCCAGCAAAACCUCGAGUCAUUGUAUAUAUUCAAUAAUGAAUCUGAGUGUAGACCAGACUGGAAUCCAAUUUUGAAAUCCUUGUAUUUUCCUUACGUUCAAUACGCGAGUAAAUAUGGAACACUCGAGCGACAAUUAUUAGACAAUUAUUUAUGGGAAAUGUUUUCAAAAUCAGAAAAUGUUUCGGAUCUUGCCGAUAAUAUUCGUAGUAUUAGCUUAACCAUUCCAGAUGUGAUCAAUAUAGCCAAAGAAGCCAAAGCGAGAUGUGUGCUAUUCACCAAAGGAUGUGCCAUUGAUGGGUUAAUUUCUGCUUUAAAGGGAUUUUUUUUGAAAUAUAUCGACAAGUAUAAGGAUAUUUGUGGACGUUUAGAACAAAAAAUUGAUGAAAAAGAGAACUGGCAAUUGUUGAAGUCGUGUUUAUCUUUUCAGCAAGUUGUUGGAGAAUUAUUGAACGACGUUAAAAAACUUGAUUCGCAAUUAAUAAGUAGUUUGAAAAGUCAUAGGAAUGAUAUUUCAAUCAAGAAGUUUCUACCUCUGAUCUUGAAUUUGUCGGCUCAAAAGGAAUAUGAGAAAUUAUUCAAUUCGGUUUCCAACGGAUCGAUUGUCUCUUUAUUAGAAAACGUUAUUAGUGUGAUUGAAAGAUUGUCCUACGAAGUGCACAAAAUUACCUACAAAGUUUCAUUCCAACCAAUAGCGUUUUAUUUAGAAAGUACAAAAACUCUGUGGGAUAAACUGAAUGCAGAAAAUGAUCGGGAAUUGCCAGACUACAGUUACUCACCCAUGGAAUAUAUAACUCAGAUUGGAGAGCAUUUAAUAACCUUACCGCAAUAUUUGGAACCCUUCUUAUCUCAGGAAAAUUUACCUCUUAAUUCAGUUUUGCCGAUAUUAUCCAAAGAAACUGAAAAUUCCAAUAUUUCAGAAAAAGGAACUUACGCUAGUAUUUUGUUAACUUUGGUAGCGAAUGGAACUUGCAACACGUACAGCGAUCAUAUUUUAAAUAUUAUAGAACUUGGCAGCUCCACCGCUAAACAAUUAGCUGCUGAUAUUAACUAUUUGGGUAACGUUCUAGAAGAACUUGGAAUCGGACUUACUGAAAAUUUACAAAAUAUUCUGUCGCUUUUACGUUUUUCUGCUGAAGAAUACCAUUCAAGAAGUGUGGGAGUGUCUCCUAAACUAGUAGCUGCCAUUCGUCAAAUGAGGAAAAUUCCGUCCACGUGAUUUUCAAUUUUGAUAUACUUAUUUUUUAAAGAUAAUUUUUACUUGAUUAGCCUGAUGUUAUUGUUAUCUUAUGAAAUAUCAUGUUGCAGUACAUGGAUAAAGUUUCUGUUUUGUAA